GACAAAGCGGGGUGGGGCUACGCCAGGCGGGAGAGUGGAAGCCCUGACAACGGGAGAGCGGGAGCGUGAGCCUGGGAGCUCUAGGAGCCGGAGCCGGAGACCCCAUCCGGCUCUUCCUGGGUCUCCUCUCCACGGACAGACUGCCGGAGCACUGGGCUGUCAACUCCCUCCUCACGCUGCCAUGGACAGCCCGGCCACCACCGCCCUGCGCAGGGCAGUCUGCACCCUCCUCCUGGCCUCCCUGGGCUGUGCCACCAGCCGGCCACUGGGUGGGGAAUCUGUGUGCACGGCGCGGCCGCUGGCCAGGUACAGCCUCACCUUUACGGGCAAGUGGAGCCAAACAGCCUUCCCCAAGCAGUACCCCCUGUUCCGGCCGCCUGCACAGUGGUCUUCACUGCUGGGGGCAGCACACAGCUCCGACUACACCAUGUGGAGGCACAGCGAGUACGCCAGCAACGGGCUGCGGGACUUCGUGGAGCGGGGCGAGGCCUGGGCCCUGAUGAAGGAGAUCGAGGCUGCCGGGGAGAAGCUGCAGAGCGUGCAUGCCGUGUUCUCAGCCCCCGCUGUGCCCAGCGGCACAGGGCAGACGGCCUCAGAGCUGGAGGUGCAUCCCAGGCACUCACUGGUGUCCUUCGUGGUGCGCAUUGUCCCCAGCCCCGACUGGUUUGUGGGUGUGGACAGCCUGGACCUGUGCGAGGGGGGCCGCUGGAAGGAGCAGGUGGCCUUGGACCUCUAUCCGCAUGACGCUGGGACAGACAGCGGCUUCACCUUCUCCUCCCCUAACUUCGCCACCAUCCCGCAGGACACCGUGACUGAGAUCACGUCCUCCUCACCCAGUCACCCGGCAAACUCUUUCUACUACCCGCGGCUGAAGUCCCUGCCACCCAUGGCCAGAGUAACCCUGGUGCGGCUCCGGCACAGCAGCAGGGCCUUUGUCCUACCCGCCCCGGACCUGGUCAGCAGGGGAAAUGAGAUCAUCGACAGCCUCUCAGUUCCAGAAACACCACUGGACUGCGAGGUGUCGCUGUGGUCACCCUGGGGCCUGUGCAAGGGUCCCUGCGGGAAGCUGGGAACCAAGGUCAGAACUCGCUACGUCCGUGUGCAGCCCGCCAACAACGGCACACCCUGCCCCAUACUUGAGGAGGAGACUGAGUGUGUCCCUGAUAAUUGUGUCUGACCCAGGCAUGGGUCACCAGGGGCUCCCAGGUGGACAGGCCGAGGGCUAACAGGAGGCCCUGCAUAGACUGCCCUCAGUGGCAGCCAGGCAAUGGUUGUGACAGGGCCCUUCUGCAGGCGUAGGAAUCCGGAGGCCCUGAGUCUGCUCUACAUUAUGUCCCUGUAACUUAUUACCGUUCUUGAGGCUGCCUGUGAUGCUGACAAGAGGACGCCUCAGUGAGCCCUACACCCACAAGGCUGUUAAAUACCUCAGACCUGGUGCCCAUCCCACUACCACGCCCACUCCCAGACCAUGGCAGCCCCAUGCUGUUGGCACCAAAGCCAGGCGACCACACAGGAAACACAGAGAGGAAUGGUUUUAGAAACAUGGCACUUUCAUUUAUUGAUCUUUGCAUCUGAAUAAAGGCCAUCUGUCCCUGAGAAAUGCCGGAGGCUGUCCUCACACCUUCCCUGGACACCUACAGCAGAGGGCGCUGGAUGUACCAACGGGGACACACUGCAAGGUGCCCAGGACGCUGUCCUGACUGCAAGGCGGGGCAGGCACCUGGCAGGAAAGGGGGAGCAGGUUUGUGAGGACCCCUGCUGAGGCCUUAGAAGUUGGCAUUCGGCAGCAGCUGUCAGGUACACACUGCAGGCCGGGACUGAGUGCACACCUGGAGCAGCACGGGGUCACCAUGGCCACAGCCUUUGCUGUGCCCUCCCGCACAGGGUGGCUAAUGGGGCCACACUCAGGCGUCUCCCAGGGUCUAAGCUCAGAGGCCUUGCUCACAGGGGCCCUGGCUUGGUCAACUUCCCGU